UCCUUUUCCUAGGUUGCAUGGAUUCAUACUGAUAAACACACUUUGUUGACGCUGCACGACCGUGUGAUCACGCGCAAUGUCCGUUACAGUAUUUCCCACAAUGGUUACAGAACGUGGUGGCUCAACAUUAAAGACGUUGAAGAAUCGGACAAAGGGGAAUUUAUGUGCCAAAUCAACACCUCCCCCAUGAAAAGCCAAAGCGGGUAUCUAGACGUUGUGGUUCCUCCGAAAAUUGACGAGGAGAAUACCAGUUCCGAUACCGAUGUCCGUGAAGGGGGGGACGUCAGCUUACGAUGUCGUGCUUCCGGAUCACCUCCACCUAAAAUCAAAUGGAGGAGAGAAGAUCAAAAAGAAAUUCCUGCAGUUUUGAAACUAGGUUCUAUGAGUGGAGACUACUUGAACAUCAGCAAAGCGAGUCGUCUUCACAUGGGGGCUUAUCUGUGCAUAGCUUCCAAUGGUGUUCAACCUUCCGUCAGCAAGCGAAUCAUGCUCAAUGUGAACUUCGCACCCAUGAUAUGGAUACCUAACCAACUGGUAGGAGCUCCUCUGGAUACGGAUGUCUUGCUGGACUGUGGUCUGGAGAGUCAUCCUAAGUCUGUCACAUACUGGACAAGAGAAGGUGGUGUCAUGAUUCUGUCCAAUUCUAAGUACGAUAGUAUGCUUCUGGACUCAGGUAGUUACAAAAGCAAGAUGCAUCUCCGAAUUCGAAAUCUUAAACCUGAAGAUUAUGGUCCAUAUACCUGUGUUGCCAAAAAUUCUCUUGGCGAAACCGAAGGAACUAUUAAGCUGUACGAGAUCCCUCGACCCACUACAACUUCUUCACCAGCUCCACAGUACACCAGCAAGACGAGCAAAACAGAAGGUACUCAGCAUACAACCAGCGAAAAGAUGCUCAUUGGUACGUGGCAAAAUUCUCUAAUAAAGGAUGACACUGACUCUGCAAGGAAAGCCGAACUAUCCACCGAGCUUCUGGAGAAAGAAAGCACCAUAGGGGGUGUAGCAGCAGCUGCUGCUUCUGAUCACGAAUUUCGAGAGCAAGGAGCAGAGAGGAAAGAAAGUAGACAGCGUCUCAACAACGGAAUUUCCAGCGAUCCCGGCCAAACACAUCUCAAAAUUUCUACAAUUUUCGGAUCCCUCCUCUUCUUAUUUUUACUGCUGUGAACCGAAAGGGCGAAAAAAUAUUCAGUCUUAAAGGACGAAAGUCACUCCAUACGUGGUUUUCUGAUUUUUUUUUAACAUUUGGUGCUGACCUCAGCAAGCUACGGAUUCCAAAACUACGAAACACAAGAAUUAUAUAUAUAAAAAGAAAAACUCUCACUAUCAUGCUCAUUGUUCAAACUGAUUUAGAGACGUGUGUAAGCUGCUCCGAACUAUUAUGUAGCAAAACGUCUUGAGAUUUAAAUUCCACAUAUUAUAUGUGUAUAUACCUGCAGCAUUUGUUGCUCUUUUUCUUCUAAAUAUCUAAAAUAUUGCAUACAUAUACAGAAGAAUGUGCAUAAUCUCUAAUGUGGGAAUUGCUUUGCUCUCAGUACGAGAUCAUUUCUGUAAGCCUCCUCUUUGUAGAAAUGAUCUUGUAUACUUCGAACUAGCUAUCCUCUGGUCGCAGCUGACCGAAAUACUUUGGAGCUUCAUAUGUACGCAUGAAAACAUCUUCAUUGAAAAUCUUAAUCGUUAGCAAUUCACAGCAUGGAGGCUAAGCACAUUCUUUUAUAUAUAUAUAUAUAUACUGAAAAUUUGUCUUCUGUAUAUACAUUCGGAUUUUAUUUUCGGAGGUGGAAAACAUCCUGCAAAGCCUACAGAUCAGUAGUUUGUACCAUACAAAAUGCAUUAUUCGCAAGUAACUAAACCAUCCUGCAAAUUCUACAGAUCUUUAUUUAAAACACAUCAUAGCACAUCAUCUAAAACGUUUAUUUAUCAAGAAUUAGUUAAGGGUACUUCAAUAUAGACAUUCUGCAAAAUGUAUUGGAGUGUCUCAAAAGUCAUGAAGAAUUUUUUCUCUGUUCUUCAAAGUUUUUCAGUUACAUAAAGAAUAAAGAGCAGUAAUAUACUUAUUGCCCAUUUUGUUUGAUAACUGUCUGCUUUCAUUUAAUGAGCUUCACAAUUCUUCGAGCACGAAAGAAACUAGUCUUAUUGGCAAAAAGGCUGAACAAUGACCUGAUUCACGGACUCGUCUGAAUCGAAUAUUAUACCACAAAAUAAAUUCUAAAAAGAGCGAAACAAGUGAAAAUCUUGAGGGCAAAAAAUUGUGCGAUUGAUUCACGUGGCAACACCUUUCAUCCAAAAUUCAGUAGUUUUUGUCCCCCCCCCAAAUGAUCAAACUUGUAUGUGGUCUCGCGCUAUCGUGAUGGAAUGCAGUUACUAUACGAUUAAUGACUUCUAGAAGAUGGAUUCGUUUAAAUCGUCCAGUUGACGAUAGCACACAUUCGACGAGAUUCGUUGACUCCUUGGAAGGAGCUUGAAACAACUGUAUAUUGCCCGCACAGAAGCUUGAUCACCUGACAAUAAUUAUUGCAGUGGGAAUGAAACGUAUUGCUACCUUUAUCUUGUAUUAUCUGGAUAGAAGUAUUGCUACCUCUAUCCAGAUUCCCUCCUCUUUAACUCGCUUCAAAACUUCUUUCAUUGUAUAACAUUCAAUUCAGAGGAGGCCGUAAAACAGCAUCUUGUUCAGCCAUUCGCUGACAAAACUAGGUUAUUUUCUGAGCAAAGAAUAAAGAAGUUCAUUAAAAGAAAGCAAAACGUUCUCCAACAAAACGGGCAAUAUACAGUUGAUACAUCAUUGUUCCUUUUAUAAACAAAGGAACUUUAAAGAACAUAGAAAAAAUGCAUCUUGGCUUUUAAAACAACCCAAUAAAUAUUCUAAUUUUAGGAUAUCUCGAUUGAUAAUUAACUUUGUAUUGCACAUAAAAAGAAUCAGAUGAUAAGGUUUCCAUAUAAAUAUGUAUUUCUUAUUAGUAAUGAACAACCUGCGUAAUGAUUUCAAGUUCUUAGCAGCCGAUGCCGGAAUUAGCUGAUUGUAUAAGUUAUUAGAAAUAUGUAUAAAUAUUGACAUGAAAACACAAUAUUUUACUAAAUAAUUUUAAUUACCGAUCCAACUGCUACUGCAGAAUUAUAUAUUAUAUUACUGAGAAAUAAAACAGUAUUUAUAGAGACUUAUUUUUCUAAAAUGUAAACCCAAGUGUAAAAUGCUAAAAUACAGGAAGCAAAGAAAUGAUAUUAAGCUCAAAUAUCGAAUUUUAAUACCAACAAUUUAAUAGAUCAAAGAGUUAGACGUCAUUAAUAGCUGUUAAAAGGUUGUUCAUUUCACACGACCACUCGCACACGUUUUGUAGACGAUUUUCGUUGUAAUUACAGAAAUGUUGUACCUAAAAUGUUUAUUCCUUAAAUGUUCCAUUUGAUAAUCCUCAUUUUUUACUAUCUUAAUUUCCAAGAUAAUUAAGACUUUUAUAGUAUCGGAAGAGGUAUUUCAUCCCAUUACUUUCGAACAUCUUUCCAAGUCUAAGGAGGUUGUAGGUCGACAAUUGGACAACCUGCCUUUUAAAAGUUCCAAAGCGAAAAAAUGCAUUGGUAAUGGAUUAGGUACACAUUUCGUAUGGAUAUGAAUGAAGGCUACAUCCAAGCUUCGUCUAUUGUGACAAAAUUAUUCCAUUUUUGUAUGGAUAAAUAUUUCUCGUAAAGAAGUCUGCAGCACGUUCUACGUUCAGCCAUGUGUGUUGGAGAAAGACGAUGCACAUUAUGCUUUUUUAAGAAUCAAAUCAGCGUUAAUCACUUGUUUACAGUUGAUACUGAGCAUUUCAACGAUUUUGCAACUUUCCUUUGAAUUCGGGGAUUUUCUUUUAACAUUAACACGUUGAGACCAGCAGUGAACUUUCCGUGUGGCCGGCGUCGGUCCCUUGGGACCGGCACUGGAAUUUGUUCGGCUGACGUCGGUCCGAAGGACCGACAGUAUUAACAUUCGCGACCAAAAGCUUUGUCACGCACAGACAGGGCUUGUACGUCGGUAGCCGACGAAACUCACCAACAGAUAAGCUGUAGUCAGUGCAUCAAGUCGCGGAUCGCUCUGUAACAUUGCACCGCUUGAUCGCUCGCGCCGGCUGAAUGGAAAGGACAGGAAAUUCGGGGACGGGCUCAACGUGUUAAUGAUCUUAAUUUUGCAACAUUCGAAACAUUCCGUUUUCUCCUUGGAUACGCAUUUGGAACAAAUUUCAACUUGUAGUUAAAUUUUGACAUUUUUUUUCCUUUGUUGUUGACAUUACCUAUCGCAGCUUUAGGUAUUGUUAAACGAUGGCUUUCACAGAGUUUCUUAGUAACUGGAUAUGAAUCAUUUUCUUUGCAAAGAACGAAAACAUACAUAAACAUCUACUCUCUCUCUAAAAGCGAAAUUUUGCAGCAGGCGAUAAUUUAUACUUUAAAAAAUAGAGCUGCAGUUAAAAAAAUUUUCCAAGCGGAAGAAUUUUUAUAGGAAAGCAAAAUAGUCUACAAAAUGUGCGAACAACCUCUAUAUGAAUUUAAAUCAGGAAUAUUAAAAAGGAAUAGAAAUUUUAAAAAAGUUUACGCUACAUUUUAUGUGUAAAUCUAACCUACUAUCCUGGAUAUUAACACUUUAAUAAAACUUACUGUAAAUUACUUACUAGACUAAUACUGCUUUGUAUCUUUGCCAGGAUUGUUGACCCCUGGUUAGAAAAGAACUAUGUAAACAUAAUAUAUGCAUAUAUAUAUAUAUAUAUAAUAUUAUAAUACAA